UCGAGAGAAGCUCCAGCUGUGUCCAUGCUGCCUUAACAUUUACUACUUUAUUUAUUAUUACCCACUCUCCAUUUUUUAUUACCUCAACUCCCUACUAUAAAUUUGCCCACCGAUCCUCUUCUUCACUGCCCACUACUCUCUUUUCUCUGAUUCUUAAAGUUUUUGUCUUGUGACAAAAAAUGAAGCUUUUCUUUGCAACUCUCCUACUCUGUUCUCUUCUCCUCAGCUCUUCUUUCUUGGAGCCCGCCUUGGCUGGUUCAUCAUUCUGUGAUAACAAAUGUUCGACGAGGUGCCAGAAAGCAGGGGUGAAGGACAGGUGCUUGAAGUACUGCGGAAUUUGCUGUAAAGAGUGCAAGUGUGUUCCUUCUGGUACUUACGGAAACAAGCAUGAGUGCCCUUGCUACAGGGACAAACGUAACUCCAAGAACAAGCCCAAGUGCCCUUGAUCUGCUUCAUCAUUCUGAAGGAGGCUAAAUAUGGUUUAUAAAAUUACUUGAGUGUACUUUUAGUUAUUAUGGAAUAUGGGUCAUUUUUACUUGAUGUUACAGCUUUGUCUGUUACUCUCCAUGUACCCCUAGACCAUUUAAAAUAAAUAAAUAAGUUAUUAAUAUGGCUUUGAAGCCGA